GAGCCCCGCCGCCGCCGCCGCCCCGGCCCCGGCCCCCCCGGUCCCGGGAGCGUCCCGCAGCCCCCCGAGGGCCACCAUGAAGUUCCAGUACAAAGAGGACCACCCCCUUCGAGUACCGGAAAAAGGAAGGGAGAAGAUCCGCAAGAAGUACCCGGACCGGGUCCCGGUCAUCGUGGAGAAGGCCCCGAAAGCCCGGGUGCCCGAUCUGGACAAGCGGAAGUACCUGGUGCCCUCCGACCUCACCGUUGGCCAGUUCUACUUCUUAAUCCGGAAGAGAAUCCACCUGCGCCCCGAGGACGCCUUAUUCUUCUUUGUCAACAACACCAUCCCCCUACCAGCGCCACCCAUGGGCCAGCUGUACGAGGACAACCACGAAGAGGACUACUUCCUGUACGUGGCCUACAGCGACGAGAGCGUCUACGGGAACUGAGGGGGGCCGCCCGGCCGGUGGGGGCGCCCGGCCUCGGGCCCGGGCGGGC